AUGGAGGACCCUUCCAGCUGGGCGGCCUACGCAUCUCAAAAGCAACUGAACCGGAGCAACUGGAGAUCCGUCGCGGCUAGUCUCGGCCGCCAGCUGUCCACAACCCCCGAGCAUUUGUCCAGAGUCUUGUAUAUUCCCCGCCAUGACGGGACGACCUCGCAUCUGCCGUUAUACGAUGUUAGUUCCCAGUACGUUGAGGCGAUUGGCGAUGCGCCCAUGGGAUCUAGCAAAUACACUAUUUCCCUGGGGAUGAUGAAGCGGCCCCAGGGCGACGGCACGGAUCACGUCCCUGUGGCGUAUAUCGUCAACUUCACCGCAGGCGACAAGGACAAGACCGUCGGGACGGUGGAGUAUCGUGUCCAACCGGACUCAGCAGUGACGGAGAACGCCGAGGUGGAGCUGACAAUCGGCAAUGCCGAUGAAGAAGCUUGCUCGAUCAAAGUACACAGUGACAGUGCACAGCCAAUCGACCCAGUUGCAGUCGGCGUCUCCUACCCCAUUCCGCCCUCAGAGACCAAAGUCGGCAAGGUCAAGCAUCCGUACUUUCAUUUCCGGAUGCCUUUUGAGUCGAGGAUGGCCCAGUUCGAGUGGCAGGUCCGUCCAGUCGAGCAUGGGCCGCUGCGAUAUACCCUGGUUCGCAUGCCGGGCGAGGAGACCACGGGUGAGAGCAGCACUGAGCCCGAGGCCGACGUGCGUGCAAUCUACCACCACAUCGGACUGGGCGUGUCGAUGUCUGUAUCGCAUAGUGAAGGUGUGCUUCUGCUACCGCCAUGCACAGACCCCAAGUCCGAGGCGAUGAUUGUAGCCAGUGUGCUGGGGAUGCUCAGGCGGGUGCGUGGUCUGGAUAGAGAGAAAGGAAACAAAGGGGUGAAACACCACCGAUUUGGCUCGGUCAGGAAGAUACUCAAGGGGGGGAAUUGA